AUGAUUCCCAUAUUCUCCCUCUUCCACCUUCUUCCCUUGCUGCCCAUAUCUCUGGGACAGCUCACCCCUUCUGUAACAUACAACCCUCCGAAUCCCACACAAGCUCUUGUCCCCUCUACUGGCUCUCCUAAUGCUCAAUGGUCAAACGUGUUGGGAAACACGUUGUGGUUUUACGAUGCCCAACGAUCUGGACGAUUAGACAAUGGGAGUUAUCCUAACAGAGUCGGAUGGAGGAACGAUAGUGCUUUACAUGAUGGGGACGACUGGGGUGUGGAUCUGACUGGUGGUUGGUAUGAUGCUGGUGACUAUAUAAAAGCUACUUUUCCCCUGGGAUUCACAAUGUUCGCCUUGAGCUGGGGAGCGUUGAGUUAUGGUCAAGGAUACGACGCCGCCAAACAAACUGAAUAUCUUGAUUCCACCAUUCGAUGGGGAUAUGACUGGUUAAUGAAAGCGCAUCCCGAAGACGACGUAUUGUUUCUGCAAGUCGGUUCAAGUGUAAUCGACAACGACUAUUGGGGCGGUGAUCAAAACAUUCCCACUCCACGACCAGCUUACCCAAUCAACUCCUCUUCCCCCGGUACAGACGCAUGGGCCUCAACCUCCUCCGCUUUCUCCUUAGGAGCUCUUUUAUAUUCCGGUCAAGUAUGGAAUACCACCACUUCUUCGUCUCCUCCAACCUCUCCUUCUCUGACAAACUCUACAUACUCCGCCCUCCUACUUAAACACGCUGAAACCCUUUACAACGUGGCCAACUCCACACGACCUUUCGUAUCGUACGACGCUUCCGUCCCCGAAAUCACCGACGCGUAUGGUUCUACUGGAUAUUGGGAUGAUCUUUGUUUGUCAGCACUGAGCUUGGCCAUAGCGACCAACCAGUCAAAGUAUUAUUCAGAUGCUUAUUUUUGGUACACGAAUUCGUCACUUACCAAUAACCAGAAGAUAUGGAGUUGGGAUAAGAGAACCGUAGCGGCUUAUGUGCUAUUUGCAGAGACAUCGGUGGCUCGACCGGGCUUGGCACAAGGAGCAGGAUUAGACGUGAAUGUUACGGGAUGGCAGACGGAGGCUGAGGGGUAUUUUGAUAAGAUUCUCAAUGGGGAUUUCAAGGAUGCCCAUGUGACGAAAGGCGGUUUACUUUACUUUGGGGAAGAUUCCGCCGAUAAUUCACUUCAACCAGCUUUGGCGACGGCUACACUUAUGUUCCGUUAUGCACCAUUGGCGUCUUCGUCGGAUAAGACUCAAGCGUACAAUGCGUUCGCUCAGAGUCAGAUCGAUUACAUAUUGGGAAAUAAUGCGAUGUCAUCCGUUUAUAUAGUCGGUAUGCACCCUAACUCUCCUCAAAACCCUUCCUCCGCCCCCGCAUCAGGAGGUGACAAUAUCGAAGAUGUACGAAAUGAUCCUCCUGUUGAAGCUCAUGUUAUCUAUGGUGGAAUGGUGGGAGGCCCUUUACGGAAUGACAAGUUUUGGGAUUGGAGGGAUGAUUGGGUUCAAACGGAAAUAGCUUUGGAUUAUAAUGCCAAUUGGCCAAGUGUGGCUGCUAUGAUGAUCGCAAAUAAUUCCGCUGAUCCAUUCUACGUCUCGUUGGCCGUCAGGACUUACUCUACACCAUCUGGUCAACCAUGUGACAACGCCUUGCCAUGUCAUGGAACUUCCAAAGGUAAAAUAGCAGGGAUAGUCGUGGGUGUCGUCUUGGGCGUUUUGUUGAUUAUUGCCGGAUUGGUAUUUUGGAAAAGAAAACAAAUUGCCAGAUGGUGGAGAAGAGGGUAUAGGUUACCAAAAGCUUGA